CAGUUUUUAUAUUAACAUUGCAAAUAUGUUUUCCCUUCAGCAUUUAUCAUCUCGAUCGUCUUACUUCAUUUGACUGUUUUGGUUUUUUUACCUUUUUUUUCCUCACAAAUAUGUAUAGCUUCGAAGGGGAAUUUCGUCGUGGACCUAUCCAGUCAUUUCGCGGCGCUAGUACAAAGGAGUGUAAAGAAGAUCUAAUUAAAAGAGCACAAGAAGAACGUCUGAAGCGAGAAGAAUUUAGAAUACAAAAUGAAAGUGCUGUUAAAAUCCAAACCCUAUUCAGAGGUUAUCGGACUAGAAAAAAAGAAGCAAUGCGUCUGCGAGAAUUGUUUGAUUCAAAAUUAUCUACAUUUCCCAAGCAAUCAUUGGUUAAUAUAGAAACUGUUACUGAUCUAUGUUGUCAGCUUCUUUUCUUUUAUGAUGGUAGCUUGGAUCAAUCUCGACUUCUUUGGGUGUGCCAACAAAUGCUCACUCAGAAAGAUAAUGUUGUGAAUCACAUGGCUGAAAACUUUGAAAAGAUGGUCCAUCAGAUGAAACUUGUCUUACAACUUUGUUUACUUUAUCUUGAGAAAUUAACCUCAUCUCAGUCUCUUGCACUACCAAUGCGAAUGCUGGAGAUAUUUACUGCUACAGAGACUUAUGUCCAUCUAUCUGUGCCAAAAGGCAAGAUAUGGCCGCCAGUUGUUCAAAAUAUAUUUGAAUUUUUAUGUAAUAAAGGGUAUUUUAAAAGUCUGCGUAUUUUGCUGAAUAUUAAAGUACCGUCCCGCAUAGAAAGGUGUCACCAUCCACCCAUACCUAUUGCUGAAUCCAUAUUUGAUCUUAUUAUGAAACCUGUGAAUAUUGCUGUGGCAUCUGGAGACAAGGGUUUUUGCACCAGUGUACUGACUGAAGUGUGUCGUGAACUGUUUUGUCCAUCUCAUUCUCAGCAAGUUGAACUGUUUCUUUUGCCUGCUAUGGCAUAUGGUAAAUAUCCAUUUCCUUUUGUGGAACUGAUCCAAGCUCUAAUCAAUAAGAUUGGCGAGAAAAAUGAAACCCAGUUAUUUUCUGCAAAGAAGAAUACUAAUGAAGAUAGUUCAAAGAAAUUUUCAGAUGCUAAUCAUUGGUUAUUGUAUGCAGUGUUGGUUCUUGGGGAAAAAUAUGUAGAGACUUUGACUCCACAGCAAACAUUUCAAUAUUUAAUGCUAAUGCAAAACCUUGUCCCUACUCUACCUCUGCCUCGACUGCAAAAUUUUGAUGAUGAUGACGACGAAGAAAAUGAUUCUGAUAUUGAAGAGAUGAUGGUUGAUGACUUGGAGACAGACUUUGCUUAUCAGGAAAAGUUGCGGGAAUCCUGCCUGCACUAUUUAGAUUCAAUAGCUCUUGCUCGCCGUAUAAUUGUCUGCACCACAGAAUUUCCCACUCCAGAUAUACUUGUAGCGAUAUGUAAUAUUUGUCAUAGUCUUAUGUGUGAGCAACGGAUCCCUGUUCAUAAAUUAAGAUUGUUGUAUACUUUAGCUUUCAACAUUGAUUUUAUGAAAAGAUUAUGGUUAGAAUGUACCUGCCGAUAUUCUAUAUCAGUUAGUGGAACAAAAAUCUCUCUCAUCCAAAUACUAGCCCGUGGUCAAUCAUUGGCUGAAAGUGAUAUUCAAGUUAUUGUUCCUUUGCUAUCUGUGUUUUGUGCUGCAUUCAGCCAUUCUCUCCACACACUACAUGAUGCAGAGUUUUAUGGAGACAAUGAAGAAAAACAUUUUUCUAUUUCAGUGGAAUUCAAGGAUGAACGUGUAAAAAAAUCUACCAGUAUGCCUUUUUCUCUCAAUGAACUUGUGCCAAUGAGUUUAACUUUGCGUGAUAUAUGUUUAGGAAUUAUUGAACUUGCAAGCCCAGAAUCAAAAGUGUUUUUAAAUAAAGAUUAUCAACAAGCAUUUAGUAAAACCGGUAUUCAAGUUGCUAAAGAAGAGAAUUUACUUCGGACUCAACUCUGGCGGCAUUUAUUUAAAUCAAUCUCUACACUAGUAAAGCAGUUACAUUCAAGGGAUACCCGACGUCAAUUCUGCCCUACAAAUCAUUGGUUGGCUGACCAUAUACAUAUACGUACUGAUAAGCUGUAUAAUUUACAAGCUGCCAACCUUUAUAGUCAACAGCCAUUGAUGCCAUAUGUACCAAAUGAUAGUGGUCCAGAUUCAGGACCACCACUAUCAGGAAGGGACAUCUGGAACCUUAUCAUCCUUACUGAACUGCCAUUUGUAGUGCGUUUUACAGAAAGAAUUAAGAUCCUCCAUCAACAUGUUAACCAAGAUCGAGAAGAACAUCAGUCUGAAAUGACCAACUUUCAAUUAGGAUUAUCAAUUAAUAUCAAGAUUAGAAGAAACUAUAUUUAUGAAGAUGCUUUUGAAAAAUUAUCAGAAGAGAAUGAACCAAACCUGAAGCUGCGGUUACGAGUAAGAUUGGUGAACUCUGCUGGUAUUGAUGAAGCAGGAAUUGAUGGUGGAGGUUUGUCCCGGGAGUUUUUGUCAGAAUUACUGAAAACAGGCUUUGAUCCUAAUCGUGGAUUCUUCAAAUACACCAAUGACAAACUACUCUACCCAAAUCCACAAGCGCCAGCCCUUUUUGAAAAUUAUACAGACCAUUAUUAUUUCCUUGGGAGAAUGUUGGGAAAGGCCCUCUAUGAAAACCUCUUGGUGGAGUUACCUUUUGCUCAGUUUUUCCUCUCGAAAAUUCUGAAUCGCCAUGGAAUUGAUCUUGACAUUCAUCACUUGGCUUCACUUGACCCAGAAAUGUACAGUCCUCAUCUUAGUUAUUUCGUUGUUCACCACCAGAAAAUUGAGGAGCUAAAACCAGGUGGCAAAGACAUUCAAGUAACUAAUUAUAAUCGGAUUGAGUAUAUCCAUUUAAUGGCAGAUUAUAAAUUAAAUAAGCAGAUUCGACCUCAUUGCCAUGCUUUCCGAUUAGGUCUUGCUAAUGUAGUCAAUCUGGAAUGGCUGCGUAUGUUUGAUGAACAUGAACUGCAAGAACUGAUAUCUGGAGCCAACACACCUGUGAAUCUCGAAGACUUAAAACAACACACUAAUUAUUCAGGGGGCUUUACUGCUGAACAUCCUGUGAUAGAAAUUUUUUGGAAAGUUGUCUAUGACCUGACUGACCAACAACUAAGGCAGUUGUUAAAAUUUGUAACUAGCUGUUCUCGGCCACCUCUGCUGGGUUUUAAGGAUUUAUAUCCAGUCUUUUGCAUCCAUAAUGCUGGUACUGAACUGGAGCGCCUACCCACUGCUAGUACAUGUAUGAACUUACUGAAACUUCCCGAGUUCUACAAUGAAGAGGCAAUGAGAAGUAAAUUACUAUAUGCAAUUGAAUCAGCUACAGGAUUUGAACUCAGUUAAACCAUGCUCUUGUAAUUCUUAACAACUUGUCUUCAACACUGACUACUCCAGACUUCCUUUUAUUUACUUUUAUCAAUUUUUUUUAAAGUAAUCUAGGACCAAAAAUCCAGAGUAUGUGCUAAAAUUGAAGUAACCUGGAAUAUUUUGUUAGAGAAACAUCUAAUAUUCUUAAUACACAUCUUGACUCUCCAUUUGGAAAUAAUAUAUUUCUUCCUAAGGAUCAAUCUGAUAACAGCUAUUAGGAAAAUAUUUAGAUUAUUGCAGCUCUCUUCAUUUUGAACACACACACACACACACACACACACACACACACACACACAGAGCAGUUUCAAUGGUUCUUGUUCAUAUACUUUUGUUCUAUAUUUAUUGUAUGUCACUUUUCUUUGAAUUUUCCCUUUUUUUCGUUUAUUUUUUUCUAUAUGUAAUUUGAACCCUGAUAAGUCUUUUAAGCAUAUUUUUUCACACCUGUUAGAAAAGCUAAGAAUUCUAUAAA